AUGAACUGGAACCGCCGCAGCCUCAGGUUGGGCUUGGCGGUCCUCGCCCUCGCCGUCGGCGCAGUGGGCCAGGACGGCACCGAGUGGUCAGACGGCUGGCUGGGGGAGUGGAAAUCCCAGCAGCUCGUCUUGGGGUCCGACAUCGCCGAAGCCUGCGAAACCAGCCGGGUGUCGGCUUUUGAGACGUCCAAGGGCCGAAAGCCCGUCCACUUCUCGACGAGCCCCACUGACAACUGGGAGCUUCCUCGGAUCGUGCCCAUGAACGAAACAGCGGGCGAGCAGUGGGAGUUCGACGCCGUCUCGGACGACGGGCUGUCGGGGCUCAUCUUUGGCUUCUACCGGGAUCCCAAUUACUCGGUCCUGGGGUCCGGCAACCUCCGCAUGUACGUCGAGUUUGCUUUCCCCGACGGCGAGCGCUUCGUCCAGAUCGACUACGCCGGCGAGUCCACCAUAGAGUCGUGCCGCGGGGCCGGCACGCGCGGCGAGUGGAGAGGCGACGGGUACAGCUACGUCUGGGAGGUUUCCGACGACAUGCGGCAGUCUCGGGUCGCCUGGAACACCCCAAAGACCAGCGGCACCCUUGUUCUCCGCUCCGUUGCGCCUCCCCGAUACGCCGACGGCACCGCGUGGCCGUCGACAAACGCCUCGCUGCUGACGGUGCCGCACUUUUACUGGGCCGAGCCCAUACCCGUGGCCGAGGUGACGGUCGACGCUGUGGUAGAGGGCAGACAGGUCGCUUGGUCCGGCAUCGGAGGACACGAGCGGCUGUGGGGGGCCUUCAACUGGCUGACCUGUCUCGACUCGAUGCAUUUCGUCCGCCUGCAGGCCGGACCCUACGCCCUCACCUUUUGGGAUUUCGAGUCUUGGCUGUACAAGGGGCUGCACGUGCCGUCGGUCGUGUUGGCUGAGGACGGGGCUGUCGUGUUUGACAGCCGGCGGACCGAGCCGUCCGAGACGGACGACUUUUUUACGUGGAGCAAACUUUACGACACGGAGGGCGUUGCUGGCAAGUUGAGGGACAAGGCGACGGGCUUCGUGAUCGACCUCUCGUCCCCCACACGCGGCCAGCAGUGGACCUUCCUCGUCACCCACAAGAAUGUGUACUUUGAGUAUUUCCUGGGCGGGGGCGUCGGAGGCACUGGUUACACGGCGACCGCCGUCGGUGGCCAGGUUGGAAUGCAGCGGCAAUGGGCCGGGGUUGGUGUCACGGAGGUGCUGAAACUCCCCGAGCAGAGCUUGGUUGUGAAGAGGAAUUAUGUUGCCUAA